AUGUGGUUCGUGCAUCAAACGGACUUGUCGGAGCAUUGCAAACGACGGGUGAUGCCGUCUAUAUUCUUGGGAAGCCAGGUGAUGGAGUCUAGCUCGCAUGUCAUACACUUUUCACUUCUAGAGGUUCCUUAUAGCUGUUUUUUGAGUGUCAGAGCUGAAUCCGGUUACAAUAUAAUUUUGGUAAUUGAACUGCUAUCGGAGAAUACUUUAGUGGAAGAAUGUGCUAAUAAUCGAGAUCAGUUUAUCGUUUACGAGUUAGGCGAGACGUUUGGGGGCUACUGGGGUCCACACUCAAAUGCAAUGAUGAAGUCACAAAUCAAAAAUUAUACAAAAUAUUAUACUUUAAAAACAACACCUAGUACAAAUACUGAAAGGUCACAUGAGUAUGAAGAUGUUACUCAAAAGGCUCUGAAGCAAACGUUCUCAGAACCCACGGACAAAGAGCCAGACUAUAUAAGAAUGGAAGUGCCGUUGGUGAAUGUGUCAGGAAAUCUUCAAUUAGGUGGACCGCUGCGUCAUACAUACAAUGCUGAGGAAAUAUUCGACUUUAUAUACGACGUCACUCCUAGGAAUGGAGUGGAAUACGAAACGAGUAUAAUGCCUUUGGUUCAGUUUUCGAUUAGGCCUCAAAAGAACGACGGGUACUACGACGGAACACAGCGCUACGAACUUGACUACAACGUUGGAGGGCUUACAGAAGACUCUAGAAUAAAACCAUUCCAAAAUUACAAAAAAUCACAAACACGAUUGAAUAGAUUACACGUAAACAAUAUUGAAUCAGCAACUUUUUCUACUACAGAUAACUUAAAGGCAUUCAAUAGUGUUGAUGAUUAUAAUCAUUUAAAAUCAGAAUUAUUUGAUAAUAAAGCUAAUUUUAACCAAGGUAAAACAACAACAAUUUUAAGUUUAAACAACAAAAGUUCAACGACAACAGUAAGACUGAUUGAAACAGGUACUAUGGUUAAUCGUGAAUCUUGGGAUAAUAUAGUUCAAGCAGCUCCUGUGAUGGCUGUUGUUUUAAAUAAAACUGAACCAUUUUUUCAUAUCAAUAAAACGAUUACAGCCCAUGUAGAACAAAAAUCGGAUAAUAAUACUAGUAAAAGAAAAAAGCGUUACAUCCAAUCGUUGCAAAUUGAAAAUUCACGUCCGAGGAAUUUGACAACGAAGCGUCCCAUGAGGACUGAUUCAGAGCCGAUGCUAAGAAUGUCUGAAAUACAGGACCUAGCUCGAUUGGUCGAACUACAGGACGAUGAGAUAGAGGGUCGCGUAGCUUUACGUUACCUUAGGAACUAUGUUGGUGCAGUUCUGUUCAAUAUUUGCGACUUCUCGGAACCAAAGUCAAGACAGACAUUCCUGUUCAACGCCUCACGUAUUGUUAUCUCAGUUAGCAAUUUUACAUUGGAUCGUAUGAUGCUGGUAACGACUCCGGCGCAGUCUUUACUUAACAGCGAGUCUCGCUGUCCAUCAGGAUACCUGGAGUGCCAAGUAGUCGGUACUAGAGUGUGUAUCGACUCUACGAAUGCAUGCGAUGGAGUGCCAAAUUGUGGUUCUUAUGAUAUAUACGACGAAGAUAAACUCCUAUGUGGCGCUUCCAAGGAACUCCAGCUUAAUGUACAUCUUGCCGCAUUCACCUUUCUAGCCGUCCUUCUCACGAUGAUCUACACCGUCCACUACUGGCUCAAACGAUGCGUACCCGGAGUCUCGGAAGCCUUCUUCGUUUAUACUGACGCAUCUGAAAACACAUUGUUUUUGGAUACUGUUAUGCGAUCGCCAAUGGAAGUGGAUGAUGCUUCUUGCAAGUUAACGUUUUCUGGACAUUAUUUUGAUGAUGACAUUAUAUAUGAAGAUAAAGUAGCAAACGUUGAUGGGAAUUUAUGUACAAAGAUAUUAAAAAAAUGUUUCGAAGUUUGUUUUUGUAAAAGAAAACAUAACGAUAAAUACUCCAAAGAUAUUAUCAAGGAAUACGAUGCAAAGCAAAGUGACUCCAAAAAUAUGUUAUCCUUCACUGAACUGGAGCUACGUAAAUACGCGCAUAUAAAUUCAAAGGAUGAAGCAAUACAAACUGGUGGGAGCUGUGAUCAAUUUAACAUCAAGGAAAUUAAAAACGAACUGCAAUAUGUGGAUGCUUUAAAAGAUUCUCUAACUAAAAUCAAAACUGACACUUACAACGUAGACUACGCAAAAGAACUGAAUAUAUUAAAAUUCGCUAAAGAAACAAGAUCAUCGUCGUCCCAAAGCGAUACAAUUUCUGUCGACCAGAAAGAUUUUAAAAUGGACAGACGACAUGCAAUAAUUGCUGACAAUGAAAAGGAGAUAAGAAGUACCAUUUAUGAUCAACGAUCAAAUAAGACUUCCUUGACACCUGAUAGUAUUCCUUUUACAUGUGAAGUUCAUCUUGAAAAACAUAACAAAACAGAAGACUUAAGACGUUUACGUUUCGAAGACGUACCAACGAUGAUACCUGAAACAGAAAAUGAAGAAGACGAAAUAGUAAGCUCAAGUAUUGCGAGGCGUAUAUUACUUACUGAAACUGAAGAAGCGGCUAGUUCUAGUAAAGAUUUUAUGCGCUUUUGGGGAGGAAAAAGUAAAAAGAAUAAAAAGAAAGAAAAACACCUUUCGAUGCAUUAA